AGCUUUCUUUUAGGGCUGGUUCCCUGACUAGAGGCCUCUCCAGGGAAGUAAACCCGGUUGCAGCAACCGCGGAGCAGUGCUCAGGAUCUGGAGCUGCGGCGACCCGCCGAGUGUCGGCAGAGCUAGCUGGCGAGGAGAGGACGAGGGUGCGAGGCUGAAAAACAACCCACCUCCGCUUGCCAGUUUUCAGGAUGUCAAGGACCGUGUCCUAUUGGCUCUUCAAUUCUGCGAGGAAUCGUAUUGCUGUAUUACGAGAGGGUAGACGCUUCCACUCCAAGGAUGCCACGAAUAGGAAUCAGCUGAGAUGGAGGCUCUCUUCUCUGGCAUCGCCAACCAUAAGGAGCGGUUCUCCAUGUGGUGGUUUUUCCCUGAGGAAAGCCUACAGACACACCUCAACCGAGGAAGAGGAUUUCCACUUACAGCUCAGCCCUGAACAGGUCAGUGACCUGCUCCGAGCUGGUGAGUCAUCCCACAAGGUUCUUGAGUUCAACAGUGGAGCUCCAAGUUCAGUGUUGAGGUUUGAGAGCAACCAGUUGGCUGCUAAUUCCCCAGUGGAGGACCGGCAAGGUGUGGCUUCCUGCAUGCAGACGAACGGGCUGAUGUUUGGUAUUUUUGAUGGACAUGGUGGCCAUGCCUGCGCACAAGCGGUGAGUGAGAGGCUUUUCUACUACAUGGCAGUGUCCCUGAUGUCCCACCAGACCUUGGAGCAGAUGGAGGAAGCAAUGGAAAACAUGAAACCCCUGCUGCCCAUCCUACAGUGGCUCAGGCACCCUGGAGAUAGUCUUUAUAAGGAUGUCACCUCGGUACAUCUGGACCACCUCCGCGUCUAUUGGCAGGAGCUUCUUGAUCUGCAUAUGGAAAUGGGGCUGAGCAUCGAAGAGGCAUUGAUGUACUCCUUCCAGAGACUGGAUUCUGACAUCUCCCUAGAAAUUCAGGCUCCCCUGGAAGAUGAGGUGACAAAGAACUUAUCUCUCCAGGUUGCUUUUUCUGGGGCAACAGCUUGCAUGGCCCAUGUCAAUGGAGUUCACCUGCACGUAGCAAAUGCUGGUGACUGCCGGGCUAUCCUGGGUGUCCAGGAAGACAAUGGUGCAUGGUCAUGUUUACCUCUCACCUGUGACCACAAUACCUGGAAUGAGGCUGAGCUGUCCCGGCUUAAGAGAGAGCAUCCUGAGUCUGAGAACAGGACUCUCAUCGUAGAUGAUAGGCUGCUGGGUGUCCUCAUACCCUGCAGGGCCUUCGGGGAUGUCCAGCUAAAAUGGAGUAAAGAGUUGCAGCGUAAUGUCCUAGAGAGGGGCUUUGAUACUGAGGCCCUCAACAUCUACCAGUUCACGCCUCCCCACUACUACACUCCACCGUAUCUGACUGCCAAGCCUGAGGUUACAUACCACAGGCUGAGGCCCCAAGAUAAGUUCCUUGUGCUGGCCUCAGAUGGCCUGUGGGACAUGCUGGGCAAUGAGGAGGUGGUCAGGCUGGUGGUGGGGCACCUGUCCAAGGUUGGUCUCCAUAAGCCAGACCUGGACCAAAGACCAGCCAACCUGGGGCUCAUGCAGAGCCUGCUGCUGCAGAGGAAAGCCAGUGGACUCCAUGCAGCUGACCAAAAUGCAGCCACGCAUCUCAUCAGACAUGCCAUCGGGAGCAACGAGUAUGGGGAAAUGGAGCCAGAGCGGCUGGCCGCCAUGCUGACAUUGCCGGAAGAUGUGGCCAGGAUGUACCGGGAUGACAUCACUGUCAUGGUGGUGUUUUUUAACUCGGAUUCAAUUGAUACAUAUUAUAAGGAGGGUUAAGAAUGAGCCCUGUUGCUAAGGCUAGCAUGAAUGCCCUUUAAAACAUUUUCAGUUACUCCUAAGUGAGCAGUUCAAACGUUUAUUAAAGAAUAGGCAGAUAUAGGUUACUGAGUAAUUCACUAACAGAAGAAGACGGGAAGCCAGCCUUGGUGAAAAAAAAAAAAAAAAAAAAAGCCAAAACAGCAGUGAUUUUUGUCCUUGUGCAUGGUCAACUGUUCUGUGCAGCAGACAGAGAAUAAAGACUAAAAUUAGCUUAGGCUCAUGUAGCCCAUGUCCUUCAUAAAGACACUGUUGAACUGUGUCAUUCUGUGCUUUUAAAGGAUAAAUUUAAUCAUGAUUCUAAGAAUAACGAACUUCAGAAUCUUCUGGGAUCCAGUUACAAAAUUUACAGAUGUGAUCAUUCUGACCUCUGUUAUGCACGACUUCUAGGCUGUAGUUUUUGUUUUGUUAAUUACGGAAGCCCAGCUUUACAAAGCAAUCUUCAGGGCAGUUUUCUAUGUUGUAUUCUAACCUUCCUCUCUCUCUCUCUCUCUCUCUCUCUCUCUCUCUCUGUGUGUGUUUGAUUUUUCUGUAAUGACUGUGAUAGUCUGUGCCGUUUGCAUUUGCUGGUUAAGUUUAUUUUAAAACCGAAUCCUCCAACUUGCAAGCAGGACUGCCACAAGCUCGUUUGGGACCACUCAAAAGUUUUCUCAGCUGAGGAUGAGAGGGGCUAAGGCCUCUGGGCUUGCUGAAUUUAAUUGUGCAGCUAUUGUUCCCGUCUGUUGAGUCCUACCUCUGAACCUUUGAGCUAUACUGGGAGGUAAUUUCUCUCUAAUCCCUAACUCCUGGCCUUUUUGCUUAGUAAACUGUUCCCCCGACCCCCGGCUUAGCCACAGGGUUAUUCAUUUUUCUGAUUAUAGCCUGCCUGCAAACACUCUUGAUUCCACCUGACACAAUCUUACCCCUGCUAUGCUGUCCAGACUCAGCCUGCGGUUACUGAAAGAUCUUUUUACCGUGUUCUCUCUUCCCAAGGUUGGAAGGAAGGAGAUGGUGUGAUCAGGUGGUAGUUGUGGACAUUUAGCGGGGAUGGGCUUCUUCAGUGGUUUGUGGACUUAAGAUUUCUGCCCGAAUCUAGAAAUGUGAAAACAAGGUCCUAGGAGAACACCCAGGAGCCCAAGGCUUUCUCUCUGCACAGCGGGAGGGAGGGGGGAGACUUAUCAGAUGGGACACCUGCCUCUGCCUGUUAUGAACUGCCAUUGCUAUGCCUCAGGGCCUGGACCAUAUUUAGUAGGAGAGUUGGGUGAAAAUUAAGAUGCAUCUGCUCACAGUCCCUCAUGGGCUGCGUGCAGUCUUUGGUGUUUGUUUGAAAAUUAACCCACAUGAAUCCUUUUUAGGGGAUACAUUUCCUCCUCUCUUGGGUGGCUGUGGCAUUGAACAGCAGGAAAUGUGUCCCAAAGUGGAAACUCAAAUUUUUUUUGGCAGUUUUAAUUUCCUGUAUCUCAUCGGGGCGCUGUGGGCGAAGCUCCUCAGCUGACCCCUGGUCGCUCACUGCACAUGCCGUUCACACAAUACGCAGGGUUGGCCCCCUGGGUUUUUCAGGUAGACAUUCUGGCAAAAACAUCUCAGUGAAUUAAGGCUGCCAACCCCGGAGUCCUGAGUUCCAUCCCUGGGACCCAUGUGAUGAAAGGAGUUGAAAGUUUGUCCUCUGACCUUUACAUGUGCACCAUGGCACGUCCACUCACACGAAAUAAACAAACGGGGGGAAAAAACCAGCAGGCCAGCAGGGGGGGCGCUUUAAUUGCAGCACCUGGGAGGUAGAGGCAGGCGGGUCUGAGUUUGAGGCCAGCCUGGUCUACAGUCCAGGGCAGCUAGGAAACCCUGUCUUGAAAAACCAAAAUCAGGAAAAAAAAAAAAAAAUCAGGAAUGUUUUUGAACAUUUUUUAGUGUAUCUAUUUAAUGAUACGGUUUCAUGUUUAAAAAAAAAAAAAAAAAACUAUUUUGGAUUCUUUUGUUCUGAAUCUGAUCUCUUAAGAUUUUUUUUUUUUUUACUGAAAAAUAAAAUGUAGGCAUUUCUGCCACGAGGCACCUGUACCCACACGGGUCUGUUUACUGCGGCUCCUUUCUGAGAAGCCCACUUAUGCCCUCAGGUGUGGCUUACCUUCUGAGUGCCUCUUUCUUUUAACCCUCAUGCUUGCAUGUCUCCUAAAUAAUAAUAGCCCCCCCCCGCCACCUUAGAAUAAAUAAAUGGGUGUGGUGGCCUAUGCCUUAAUCCCAGCACUUGAGUGGUGGAGGGAAGAGCUGAAGUUCAAGGUGGGUACGGGAGACCCUGUCUCCAAAAAAAAUAGUGGCACUGUGGCCAGCCUAGGCUGCACAGUGAGACUUUGCCUCAGAAACAAAGCGUAACCCCAAACGUGAUCACUGCUGUGCUAGACUGAUGGUUUAGCUGUUUGAAUGGAAGAUACUAUUUGAUAUGUUUUUUUUGUCCUUUGCUUUUUGUGCCAGCUAAACCCAGGAGUAUCCUUGGAGUCUUAGCUGGCAUUCAGUGUCUGACUCUUAUAUUGGAGGCUAGAAUGGGUCAUAAAAGGUUCUGAUUCAGUUGGCUUAUCCUGGAGUUGAUAGAACACAGACCUCCCAUCUGUAUCUCCGAGUGAGUCUGUGUUUUCUCACUGUCUGAUAGAUGUCCCUGCUUUCCAGCUGAAACAGAGAGAAAGAACAAAGGCUGGCUUAUGCUCUACCUUCUCUGCCUCUGUGAACUCAGCUUUUCUGUGCCGGCUCCAAGGAGUGUUGCCUUCUGGUUACACACCAAUGUGUCUGUCUCGCAGGCCAUGGGUCUUGGCAGUGGGCCCCUUGAAGCAAAUGAGCUUUUGCUUUGGGAUACUGAAGUUAUAAAGGAGAUUCAUGGACCUUGUCAGUUCUUCCAAAGCUCUCAUCACUCCUUUCAUAUAGAGAUUUCAACUUUAAGACUUUUAAAGUUUAAAUAAUGAGAUUGACCAUUUAAUAUUGCAGAUGUAACUUUUGAAGGAAGUAUGUCUUGGUGCUUAAACAGACACUUAUGAUUUGGGAUAAGAAACAGAUGGAAAUGAUGUAACUUAGAUAUUUGCUUUAUGUGUAAAUAGUACAGUGCUAUUGAUCUCUGAAGUUAGUAAACCUAUAGAAAAGGCUAGUUUUGAUUGUAUGUUAAUAAGAUUCAGUUUUCUGAGAUGUUAUUUGUAACAUUAAAGUUAAUUUAUUAUAAUGUAAACUUUAAGAUGUUGUAAUAUGUGGACAUUUUCCCCAGAUGUACAUUUGGCUUAAAAGCUAAAAAGCUUUUAGGCACACUGGACAAAACUCAGUUGAGACACAAUCAAGUUGGUAACUUCUAAACAUAGGUAAAAUGUAGACAGCGUGAUCCUCAGAUAAGGGGUAUAAUUAUGUAGAACAGCAACAAAAUGAAUUCAAAAGGAGGCUGGUUCUCCCCUUUGACCGUCAGUUUUUGUUCUUCGUGGGACAGCUAGUGGGAUGCCGUAAUCUCUAAACCAGAAUAUUAUGGAAUGGAGCCAUCUCGGUUUCACGUCUUUGCAGUGCUGUGCGUGUGUGUAGACGCAUCCCACUAACUUUGGAUUCGAGGAUCAAAGCCAGUGUUGCAGUUUGUGAUGUAAACUAUCGUGUGUGUGUGUGUGUGUGUGUGUGUGUGUGUGUGUGUGUGUGUGUGCGCGCGCCUGUUGGGGGAGGCAUGUUUAGGCUACUGUGUAACUGUUUCCUGAGCCAUCUGAGGUCCUGUCCCUUCUUCCUUUGGUUCUUGGUGUCUAACUAGCCUCCUGUAAGGUAUUUCUCACUAAGCAUUUUCUUGGAACAAUCAUUAACCACGUUCUUUAAUAAUCACUGGCAUUUGUGUGUAUUUUAAGCUGUGUACAGGUGUUCUUCUCUGACACUGAUUUUCUAACCUUUGAGGAUACUUAAGUAGAACUUUUAAAUAAAUGAGGCAAAAUGAAA